AUGCUCCUCUCAGCCCUCCUAGCAGCAGCAUGCGCCGCCAAAACCAUCUACGCCCUCGGCCAAGACCCCGUCAUCUCAUUCAAGCACCAAACCGGAGCCCUCCAACUAUCCGGACCACACAAUGAGCCAGGUAUAAUCCUCCUCGACGGCGCCGACUGGCCAGGCGUGAUUCGCGCCGCGGACGACCUAGCCACUGACUUCGGGCGCGUCAGCGGGUCGAACUACACCCGCACACUGAUGGUGAACGGCACAGCGCCGGCCAGUAUCACGCCAGGCAAGAAGAACAAGCCCGUGAUCAUCGCCGGCACAAUCGGCAAAUCGCGGCUCAUCGACAGCCUCGUUCAAAAGGGCAAGCUCAAUGUCACGGACACGGAGGGCCAGUGGGAGGCGUUCCAGACGGAGGUCGUGCGUGAGCCGAUGGCGGGGAUCGCGAGCGCGCUGGUCAUCGCGGGAGCUGACAAGCGUGGCGCCAUCUACGGGUUAUACGACAUCUCUGAGCAGAUCGGGGUAUCGCCUUGGUACUGGUUUGCGGAUGUGCCUGCUGCGCGACACGCGGAGAUCUACGCGGUCAAGAAGCGCAAGACGCAGGGGUCGCCGUCUGUGAAGUACCGGGGGAUAUUCAUCAACGACGAGCAGCCUGGUUUGACGAACUGGAUUAGAGAGAACUUCCCAGACGCGAAGUACGGGCCAGGGUUUGGUGCGGAUUUCUACGCGCGGGUUUACGAGUUGUUGCUGCGACUGCGUGCGAACUACCUCUGGCCUGCGAUGUGGGGAAAUGCGUUCCACGUGGAUGAUCCGGAGAAUUCAGUCACGGCAGACGAGUACGGCGUUGUGAUUGGGACGAGCCACACGGAGCCGAUGAUGCGGUGGACGAACGAGCAGUCGAUGUUUGUGGAGGGCGACUGGAACUGGGAUACGAACGAGGCGAAUAUCACUGAGUUCUUCAGGGAGGGCGCGCAGCGGUCGAAGCGGUUCGACAGUCUUUAUACGAUGGGUAUGCGGGGGUUGGGGGAUAACGCCUCGCCGACUAUUACGCCCGACUCGCUGAAGGAUAUCAUUAACGCGCAGCAGAAGGUACUGGGUGAGGUGUUUGGCACGGAGGACGUGGCGGAUAUUCCGCAGUUGUGGUGCGUGUAUAAGGAGGUUGGCCAGUACUAUCAUCAGGGCCUGCGGGUGCCGGACGAUAUCACGCUGCUUUGGGCGGACGAUAACUGGGGGAAUAUUCAGCGUCUGCCGUUGGGGAAUGAGACGGAUCGGGCCGCUGGGGCUGGUGUCUACUAUCAUUUUGACUAUGUGGGCGAUCCGCGGGAUUAUAAGUGGAUCAACACUAUAUCGCUUCAGAAGACGUGGGAGCAGAUGCAUCUUGCGUAUGAGCGGCAUGCGCGGCAGGUGUGGCUUGUGAAUAUCGGGGAUUUGAAAGGAUUGGAGCAUCCCCUGAACCACUUCUUCGACAUCGCAUACGACAUGCCACGGUGGUCAGCUCCGGACAGCACGCACGAGUGGCUCGAGCAUUGGGCGCGUCGCGAGUUCGGUGCCGCGUUCGCAAAAGACGUCGCUAGUAUCAUGGACCGCUAUGGCAUGUACGCCGCGCGGAGAAAGUACGAGCUGAUUGACAUGCAGACGUUCAGUCUGAUCAACUACGACGAGGCCGACAAUGUUCUGAGUGGAUGGAAGCAACUUGCGCAGGACGCGCAGAAGGUGUACAGUCGACUGAGCGAGGCUGCGCGUCCGGCGUUUUUCGAGCUGGUGCUGCACCCGUGCACGGCUGGUUACGUGGUGACCAACAUUCAUAUCACGGCGGCGAGAAACAAUCUAUAUGCUAGUCAGAGGCGGACGAGUGCCAAUAGUCUAGCAGAUGAUGUGCUUGGUCUGUUUAAGGAGGACCACGAGCUGACGACACGAUACCAUCGUCUGUUGGACGGAAAGUGGAAUCACAUCAUGGAUCAGACCCAUCUGGGCUAUGAUUACUGGCAACAACCGAUGAGGAACACUCUCCCACCGCUUGCAUACACCCAGCUGCUGGAAGGCAGCGUCGCAGGCCCAAUGGGCGUCUCAGCCGAAGGAAGCAACGCGACUGUCCCAGGCGACGACACAUGGCACGACCUCUCCAGCAACACCCUCACCCUGCCACCUCUCGACCCAUACGGACCCAAGAGUCGGUGGAUCGACGUGUUCUCGCGCGGCACGGAGGACUUCACAUUCACCAUCACCACAAAGCAGCCAUGGGUCAAAGCGAGCCCCUCAUCCGGCAGCGUAACCGCCACAGGGAAGACCACCGACAAGCGCGUCCAUCUCUCCGUCGACUGGGAGAACGCCCCCUCCGGCUCAACCACCGUAUCCAUCGACAUCGCCCUCGACUCCAAAGACUACGGCAACUUUGGCAUGCCGACAAUCGAGCUCCCCGUCAACAACACCGCCGUCCCAGCAUCCUUCCACGGCUUCGUCGAGUCCGACGCAACAGUCAGCAUCGAAGCCGCACACGCCACCCGCAACACCUCCACGGACGACACCUCCUACACCGUCAUCCCAGGCUACGGCCGCACCCUCUCCGGGGUGACCCUUCUCCCCGUUCUAGCAGACACACAGGCGCCUCCGUCAUCUCCACGUCUCGAAUACGACAUGUACCUGUUCUCGAACACCUCAACCGCCAAAGCAACAGUAUACCUGGGUUCAUCGCUCAACACGGACCCCUCGCGACCGCUGUCGUAUGCGAUUGCGCUCAACGACGCGAAGCCUGAAGUUGUGCAGUUUGUGCCGUCGACGCCGCUGGGCUCUUUGCCGUCGAAUUGGGAAACGACCGUUAGUAAUGGGGUGUGGUCAAAUACGACUAGCCAUGCUGUUCUUGGGGGUGGGCAGAAGAAUACGUUGAAGUUGUGGGCCGUUGAGCCCGGGGUUGUUUUUCAGAAGGUGGUUGUUGAUUUGGGGGGUGUUAGGGCUUCUUAUUUGGGGCCGCCGGAGAGUAUGGUUGUAUAG